GCAAACCAAACACAACUUUAAGACGUCAAUGAAUCUCACCUAAAAAGGUCGAAAAAAAAAAAGGAACUUUACAACGGAAAGUUUGCUCUCUGUUUUGACUCUUAAUCGUUUCUGCCAAGUUCCAAACAUGGGCUUCUCGUUUUGGCUUGCUGGCUUGCGUUCUUUUUCGAAGAAAUCUGCUUUCUCCAAUGCUUUACGUAACUCUUCUUACCUUAAGAAAUUUCAGUUUAGUACUUCUCAGAACAACUUACCAUCCACCAUAGCUGAGAAAUGCAAAACCCAGUUUUUUUCAUGGUCCAGCUCUUUGCUUCCUUUGGCUUUGGCUGCUUCUGCUGGGUCCCUUGCUUUUCAAUCCCAGAACAUUCAGCCUUCUCUCUGUGAACCCUCUAAUCUGGAUUCCCGUAAAGUAAGCAUUGGUAGGAAGUCAAGCACGGAGUUUGUGGUGAAGGGCAUUCAUAAAGAAGUGACACAAGAGCUUAUUGAUGAAUUGAAGGCUAUUUGUCAGGAUAAUAUGACUUUGGAUUAUGAUGAAAGAUUCUACCAUGGAAAGCCACAGAACAGUUUCCAUAAAGCAGUAAAUAUUCCUGAUGUGGUUGUUUUCCCUAGGUCUGAGGAGGAAGUUUCCCAGAUUGUCAAAUCUUGUGAUAAACAUAAGGUCCCUAUAGUACCAUAUGGUGGAGCUACAUCCAUUGAGGGGCACACUUUGUCUCCUAAUGGAGGUGUUUGCAUUGACAUGACCUUAAUGAAGAGAGUUAAAGCAUUACAUAUUGAGGACAUGGAUGUAGUUGUCGAGCCUGGAAUUGGAUGGAUGGAACUCAAUGAAUACUUGGAGCCUUAUGGUUUAUUUUUUCCUCUUGAUCCAGGGCCUGGUGCAACAAUAGGAGGCAUGUGUGCAACACGUUGCUCUGGAUCUUUAGCUGUGAGGUAUGGCACUAUGCGUGACAAUGUCAUCAGUCUCAAGGUGGUCCUUGCCAAUGGAGAUAUUGUAAAGACAGCUUCUCGUGCUCGGAAGAGUGCUGCUGGGUAUGAUUUGACCCGCCUGAUGAUUGGAAGUGAGGGAACCCUGGGCGUAGUAACAGAAGUCACUCUACGGCUUCAGAAAAUUCCGGAGCAUUCAGUGGUUGCAAUGUGCAACUUCCCUACAAUUAAGGAUGCUGCAGAUGUUGCUAUUGCCACCAUGUUGUCUGGUAUACAGGCGUCAAGGGUAGAAUUAUUGGAUGAGGUCCAAGUAAGGGCUAUCAAUAUUGCUAAUGCAAAGAAUUUGCCUGAAGUUCCAACCCUGAUGUUUGAAUUUAUUGGCACUGAGGCAUACUCUCGUGAACAAACACAAAUUGUUCAAAGAAUUGUUUCUGAACACAAUGGCACCGAUUUUGUUUUUGCGGAAGAUCCCCAAGCUAAGAAAGAACUUUGGAAGAUUAGGAAGGAAGCUCUAUGGGCAUGCUUUACAAUGGAACCCAAUUUUGAAGCAAUGAUUUCGGAUGUUUGUGUUCCCCUAUCACACCUUGCAGAAUUAAUAUCAAGGUCUAAGCAAGAGCUGGAUGCAUCACCACUGAUUUGUGUAGUUAUUGCCCAUGCUGGUGAUGGGAAUUUUCACACAGUUAUUCUCUUUGAUCCUAACCAAGAAGAGCAUAGGAGGGAAGCUGAAAGGCUAAAUCAAUUUAUGGUUUAUACAGCUUUGUCGAUGGAAGGAACGUGCACUGGUGAACAUGGCGUUGGCACUGGGAAAAUGAAGUAUCUUGAAAAGGAACUUGGAAUAGAGGCUUUGCAGACGAUGAAGCGAAUCAAAACAGCUUUAGAUCCCAACAAUAUCAUGAAUCCAGGAAAGCUAAUUCCUCCUCAUGUCUGCUUCUAAGAGCACUCUUCAUCUGCUCUUGCUGGUACAUGCAUGUAUCCCAUGCUGUAGCUGUUCUGCUAAUCAGGCUGAAGUUGUUACUGGAGAGUCAGUCGCUAUCAGCCAAAUACGAGUGACUUGGCUUUGUCUCAUCCCUUUGUUCCUUGCAAUAAGAAAACUUUCUUUUGUAAACUUACAAUAAAUUAGCACAUGAAAAAUGAUCAGAUUUUCAUUCCCAGAAUUUUUUUUUGUUUUGGGAUUAAGCCAUUGUUCCUUUACUCCUGCUUUGGAUGAGCAGCAACUUCUUGUCCCGGUGCAUGCCAUACACAUGCACCUCAAUGCAAGUUCAGUUGAGGUUGGGUUUGAAAUCUGUCUCUCACUUCAUUUUCGGAGAGUAGUGCUCAGAACAACCCCCUUUCCUUGUUCCUUUCCCGUCUCCACAAUCCCUGUAAGGCUAUCAAGGCGUUGUCCAUAUCAAUAAAAAUAAUGUCCAC